AUGGCGACGAUCGCGAAUUGGAAGGUCACAACUAUAAGCAAUGAGCCCAAUAAACACUACGAGAAAGGCUCCACGGACCAGAAAAAGCUGUCCGCCGCGAUAGAGAGCUUCAAGAAGGACGCACCUUUAGACGUACCUCUGGUGAUAGCUGGGAAGCAAAUCAAAGGUUCCUCGACAAACACCCAACACAAUCCAUCCUCUCACGCCGAUGUCAUCGCCCAAUAUGCUCGUGCUGGAGCAGAAGAAACACAGUCUGCGAUUGAUGCUGCUCUGUCUGCGAAAGCUGCCUGGGAAGCGCUUCCAUUUGCAGAUCGCGCUGCCAUAUUUCUCAAGGCGGCUGAUCUGGUAGCGACAAAGUACAGAUACGACAUAAUGGCCGCGACUAUGGUCGGUCAGGGAAAGAACGCGUGGCAGGCAGAGAUAGACUCUGCCGCAGAGCUUUGUGACUUCUUACGGUUCAACGUGAAGUAUGCCGAGGAGCUCUACUCUUCGCAACCAGUUCACAACGCUCCUGGAAUCUGGAAUCGUGUCGAGUAUAGACCACUCGAAGGCUUUGUCUACGCAGUCAGUCCGUUCAAUUUCACUGCCAUUGGUGGCAAUCUCCCAGCAGCCCCAGCUUUGAUGGGCAACGUGGUAGUCUGGAAGCCUUCAGACUUUGCUAUUGCUUCAAACUGGCUUGUCUAUAGAAUUCUGCUAGAAGCUGGGCUUCCUCCGAAUGUCAUCCAAUUCGUGCCUGGAGACGCAGAGACAGUCACAUCAGUAGUCCUCGAACAUCGCCAGUUCGCAGCGCUCCACUACACGGGUAGCACUGCUGUCUUCCGCUCUCUAUACGGCAAGAUUGCCGGCGGCGUAGCAGAGGGGAAGUACCAAGGCUACCCAAGAAUCGUUGGCGAGACAGGAGGGAAGAACUUCCAUCUGAUCCAUCGAUCAGCAGAUAUCUCGCACGCCGCAAUCAACACUGUCCGCGGCGCAUUCGAGUAUCAAGGGCAGAAAUGUAGCGCCUGCUCGCGGGCCUAUGUCCCUGCAUCCGUGUGGCCAGAGUACAGGCAGAAACUUGUUGCCGAGACCGAAGCUCUCAAGAUAGGAGACCCCGCAGACCAUACCAACUUCAUCGGUCCCGUCAUCCACGAAAGCUCAUUCAAGAAACUUUCCGGCGUUAUCGACGAGGCGAAGAAUGACCGCGAGCUCGAGCUUCUGGCCGGCGGAAAGUAUGACAGCAGCAAAGGGUACUUCAUCCACCCUACCAUCUACCAGACCAAGAACCCCCACCACCCUUUACUAUCGAAAGAACUCUUCGGCCCGGUCCUGGUAGUCUACGUCUACGACGACUCUGCGAAUCCCGGGAAGGCGUUCGAGGACAUCUGCAAGACCAUUGACGGCACAUCCGAGUACGCCUUGACGGGAGCCGUCUUUGCAACGGACCGCGAGGUCGUGAGAUAUGCCGAGAAUGCUCUGCGCAAUACCGCCGGUAACUUUUACGUCAACUGUAAAUGUACCGGAGCUGUGGUUGGGCAGCAGCCGUUCGGAGGAGCGCGAGCUUCGGGCACCAACGACAAGGCCGGCAGCGCAAAUCUCCUGAGCAGAUUCGUUAGUGUCAGGGCCCUCAAAGAGCAAUUUGUUGAGGAUGCGAAGGUGGAAUAUCCCAGUAAUGAAUCUUAA